AUAUUCCGAAAAUAAUCAAUUUUGUCAAAAUGGCUGCCGUCGAAGCUAAAUCAACUAAUGUGGAAGACGAAACUCUCUUGUCUGCGGAUAUCAGUUCAGAAUCGCAAGACCUUUCUCCAGCUGAGGAAGAUGAUGUCAAAGAAUCAAAUUACGCCAAAAGAAAAGGUAGCAGAAGGUGUGCAGUAGAUUCCAGACCUCAGCAGACAGGCAUGGGCAUCAAGCGAUUUAAGUGCAGCUUGUGUACAUUGUCAUUUGCUAUUCCUAGAGUCCUAGAAACCCACAAGAUGAUUGAGCAUCAGCUGGAGCCCAGGUGGAAGUGCCGAAAAUGCAGCAUGCCUUUUCUUCAUGGCAUGACUUAUAAUGCUCACAUGGCCUCAUCUCACAACGUGGAGCAACCACAUAUCUGCGAUGUGUGUGACCAAGUGUUUGCCACAACUUCUGACCUGAAAAUCCACAGGAGGGUUCAUGUUGUGAGCAUCAAAAAUCAGAUUUACAAAUGUGAAUUUUGCCCCGCUGAAUUCCCUCACCUUUGUAAACUGAAAUAUCACAGACGAAGACACACUGGAGAAAAACCAUUCAAGUGCAGUCUGUGUGACCUGGCAUUUGCCACGAGCUCUCAAAGAUUGAAUCACAUCAACCGGUUCCAUCACAUGAUUCGCAAACACUUGUGCGAUCACUGUGGCAAAAAGUUUAGUGGGCCACGAGAGCUUCGAGAACAUUACCGCACUCACACCGGUGAGCGCCCAUUUAAGUGUCCAGUGUGUUCCAGAGCAUUUGCCAAGAGCAAUGCUAUGAAUGUUCAUUUGCGACAGCACACAGGAGAAAAACCUUAUGUGUGUGAUAAGUGUGGCCAGGCCUUCACAGUUAGAGUAAGUCUGCGCACACAUCUCAAAAAUAAACACAACAUCAUAGACAAUGGUAACAUACAACCUUCAGGAUCUGUUCCUCUUGGGACUUCUAAUGAUGGUAUAGUGUCUACUGCAUUUGCUUCUAAGAUACAGCCAGCCAAUCGGGAUUCUCAGGAGGGGGCAAGUGUCCAGAAAACUGAUGUUGCUUGGAGGCAAAGGGGACGUGCAAGGAAAGCAUGCCCACCUGACAGACAGAGCACAACUGAUGAACACCAGGAGGGCCAGCUAGUGACAGGGCUCAUCAAUGAAUGGGUUGCUGUGCACCCAGCACAUUUGGCCAAUGCUGGGCUAGGACACCACCCUUACAAGACCUCACAACUACAGCCAUUGACAUCCCAUGACCCUUUGUCUGAACCAAGCAGUUUGCGAUAUCAUGAUUCAAGAGAUGUCAUAAACGUCUUCCACAGAAGAAGGACGAUAAACAUUGUUGACAAGUCAUCGUGCAUUUUGAUUUUCUUCAGAAAACAAAGGAUCGAACUGUCACGUAAUACAACAAUGGAGCUGUCACUCGGAGGAAUGCCAUCCUGGCGCGAGGGUCGGCGAAUCGUCGACUUGAAUGAAUUGGCUCAACAAAUGAGAUGUAAACAAUGCACGUCGUUACUCGAUUUGAAUCGAACUGUGCGGGAGUCUCGCUAUGGACUGGCUAGUGUGCUGUUCAUCGUGUGCCAGUGCGGUGUGCUGAACGAUGUUCACACUGGCAGAAAGCAGGAGACAGAGACUGGUCGACCCAUGUACGAAGUGAACAUCAAAGCAUCUAUAAAUAUGCUGCUGUAUGGAAUGGGGGCUUCACACGUUAUCAACUUCCUUGCAGUUCUUGACAUUCCAGUCCCUCCUGCUGAUGAUACAUCUCUGAUUGUUCCUGUUGCUUCAGCAUCUGAUGUUCCACCCUCCUCUCUACCAUCAGUUUACAAUCAUUCACUCAACACAUUAGUUCAACCCUCCCUUCAGCAGUCACAUCUGCUGCAGCAGCCACAACAGCAUAAUCAUCAUCACCAGCAUCAACAGCAGCAACAGCCACCACCGCUGCUACAGCCUUUAAGUGUUCCACAGCAGCACAAAGACAAGGAGCAGCAGGCUCAGGUGAUAGCUGAAGGACAAAAACUUGCAGGUGAGAAGCGAGGACCUGACAAAUGUCCCUACUGUCAACCUUGUCCUCAUCACAAUAACAGCAAACCCACAAAGAAGUCUCCUGAAGCGGCCAAGUUGUCUAAAGAUGAACGGGAUGAUGCCAAAGUCAAUACAAAAUGUACAGUUUGCAAAAUUGUUUUUCGAUCAAGAGAACAUUACCGCAUUCACAAAAUUCUUCAUCCCCAGUUGAGGAAGAAACAGCGUUUUAAGUGCACAGACUGUUCAGCUGAGUUUCCUGAGCGAGGAAAAUUGAAAGAUCAUGCAAGAAUGCACACAGGUGAAAAGCCAUACAAAUGUGAAUACUGUGAUAAAUGUUUUCACAAAAAGUCACAGCGCAGCAAGCAUGUUAAACGCUGCCACAUGAAAGAAAACUCUCAUGUCUGUAACUUUUGUGGCAAGAGAACAUUUACCAAGACAGAACUUCGUGAACAUGUCCGUGUUCACACAGGUGAAAGACCAUACCAGUGUGAAGUGUGUGACCGGACAUUCAGACGGAAAGAUUACCUCACUGUACACAUGAGGCAGCACACAGGAGAGAGGCCAUAUAAGUGUCAUCAUUGUGGGGACUCGUUUGUGCAGCGUGUCAGCUUGUGCAAGCAUAUGCAGGCAAAACAUACUGUAGGUUCAGCUGCUCCUGCAACAGGUCCUGCCACCACAUCCAGCAGCUUAGUGCAUCCCACACUGCAGCCUCACCUGCAUGUACAUGUUCCACAUCCACAUGUCCAGGAAUCCAUGUCUGCUGUUGGCAUGUGUGACAUGCAUAUCCCUCCACAGGCACAGUCUGCUGCCAUGUUUUAUUAGCUGCAUGAGUAAAUAGAAUGUUAAUGUGCAUAAAAUUGUUUGACAGCCAAACUAUUUAGAUGCAAUUAUUUUAAAAGAAAAUUAUUUGCCGUCAUAUCUUAAUUUUGUUUGGGGAAGGGGAAGAUGAAGAAAAGAAAAUCAUUUUUAACACAAACUGCAGUAACUGCUGAAAUAUUUUUGGAAGACUAUAUAGUCAUAUAUACUGUGUUGCUUCAUUAAGCCAUGCUUGAAUAUCUGCUAUUUUACACUUUUAAAUCAAUUUUAGGAAAACAUUCUAUCAAAUUUAAUUUUAAGCAUAUUCUUACGCUUCUUCAAUUUUUGAUGCAUGUGUUUUAGCAUUUUUUUAAUUGAGAUAAGUAUCUGUGCUGCUGAUUUUUAUUUUAUAUCAUUUCUCCUAAAACAUCAAGCACAAAGCUCAGCCUUUGCCCUUCCAGGUUGUAAAAGGGGGACUUACAUUAGCACACCAUCACAACUGUUGCUGUAUGUCGUAUCAUAACUAAAAGGGGAUAGCUCACUGCUGGCAAACGCUAAUGUGAUUGAGUUUUGAGUUGCAGUAAGUCGUUACUGCAGGUACUGAACGUAUAUUUACAUCCUUUAUGGCUUAUUACAAAUCCUCUUAAAGUUUUUAGACUAUGCUUUUGUUGUUACCAGUUUCCUGUUUACUUGUUCAUGCUGUUCAUACGAGUUUGAUAUUUUGAGGAUAAUAUAUUUCUUUUUCUGACAUUAAAUAAAUCAGAUUACUUUAGGGGUUGUUCUUAAGAUAGCUGAUUAAAAUAUAACAUUAGCUUUACAUUCAAAUUGUGGCAGUACAGAUCUAGAAUAUGGAAAUACAAAACAAAAGAAAGACUUCAAUUAUUUGAAAUGUUUACUAUUGUGCCAUUUUUGCAACUGAAUGACAAUAAGACUGAACUGCUGCUACUUGUCCAAAGAAAUUUCUAAGUCAUCCUUCUCUCCCUUAGUCUCUGUUUAUAAACAACUCAGCUAUUCCUUUCUCUGUCUGCAGCUUGGGUGUCAUUCUCGAUCAACGUUUGACUUUCCAUCACCAUAUUUCUCACGUCUGCAGAAAUGCUUACCUUGAGCAUUGUUGGAUCAGUACCAUUAAUCAUUAUCUCACCACCGAUGCAACUAAAAAUCUAAUUUCUGCCUUUGUGCUCUCAAGGAUGAACUAUUGAAUUUCUCUUUUAGCUGGAAUUCCCAAGUAUCUUCUUGACAGAUUUCACAGGAUCCAGAAUAGUGUUGCUCAGCUCACCUGUAGACCAUCUAGAUACGAACUAUAUAAUAGCGAUAUACAAUCACGGACCAUAUGGCCUACAAACUUUCCACUUAGACUUUGCUGUUCUGGCACUGGUCCUCGGUACCUCUCAGAACUCAUUCCCAUCUUGACUUCUUCGCUCAUCAUCUAAAACCAAGCUUCUGAGAGUCUCACCAAGACAAAGAUUAUGGACAUAGGUCUUUUUCCUAGCAAUCCCCGUCUACUUGGAACAGAUUACUUCAUCACUGAUUCUCUUACCUCCUCUAAGUCAAAACUUAAGACUCAUCUUUUAAGAACAACUUCACUGUGACCCUGAUCAUGCAUAAUGUGCGUUGGUAUUUACUUUGUGAGUAGCAUCUGUAGUAAAAGUGUGUCUUUUGUGUGUAAAUAUGGGUGCAUGGUUGCUUAUGAUUUAGUCUAUAUAUGAUUUAUGUAAAACACUCUGAGCAAAAAUUUCUUUGGCUAGGCGCUGUAUAAAUCCUCAUUAUUAUUAUUUUUAAAUGCAGUGUUGAAUACAUUUUAGCACCACAAAAGCAUAAGUGAAAAAUCACAGGGUGAAAUUUAAAUAUCUUUUAGGUUGUCUUUUUGGCUAAUAGAAAAUUUCAAGAUUAUCAUCAUUUGAGGAAAGGAAGAGGUUCAUGAACGGGAUGAUGUCAGCCAAAUCACUUCAUUAGGCAUUAAGCAUCAUAUUGCCUCAUGGUUCUUUACCUUAGCCUGUAAGUCAUCAAUGUCUGAAGUAUAUGGGAAGUUGAAGUGUGGCGAUCAUAUUUAUAAUAAUAGUAGAUUUCAUGCUGACUUAGAAGCUGCCAGCAUGCAGUCAAAAUUAUCUUUUAGAACUUAAAAAUUUUUAAGUUAUUAUUAUUUAAAAUAAGGUGAGACCAAAAACAACAAAACAACUUGAGAUAUAUGUACUAUGUUGCAUGUCCACUUGUGAGCUAAUUAAAGGUCUUGAGCAAUUCUUAAAGAGUUUCAUUCAAGUCACCUACUAGAAUGUUACAAAAGUUGAUCUGGAAAUCAGCCAAGACAUUCAUAUUUAAAAAGAUUAAGAAUACUGUAACUUGAAGUGCCUUUCCUAAUUCGCAAAUGUGUCCAACUCCUGCACCUACUUCAACUAUGGAAUGGUAGUGUGAAAUGUCUGGGUCAUUUCUUUUUGUUUUUUACUACAGUGUAAAGAUGAAGCACUCUAUUCUUCUAAUUGAAUGACGUGAUUUUGGCUACAUUUUUUAAACUUGCAGGUGCUUUUUGUGAACAUGAUGGCAUACUGGUGUCUAUUUGUUCCCUUGUCAUAUCUUCUAAAAUUGUUUGUUCUCAAGAACCAUUUAUUUGCUAUCUUAUGGAGUUGGCAACAAACACUUGUCUUUUUAUUCUCAUGAAUUAUACAGAUACAUUUGAUAAACAUAUACAUGUAAAAGACAUGUAUUAGUUGCAACUUUGCAUUUCAUUUGUUAAAGCAAGUACCUUCUGAAAAAAAAGUUUGAAUGAUAGUGUACAAUAAUGCAUUUUUCUCUUCCUUUAAUAUCUUUACUCAAAAUCCCCUGUAACUGAGUGGUGGGGUUUAUGGUGGUAGCAAAUGUACUACCAUUGGGCUUGAACAAAUAUUAUGGCUACAUUUCCUGCACAGCAAGUUUUCAGCAUCAUAUCAUGAGUGGUGACAAAACACAACAGCUGUCUCUUUCUUUGCUGCUGACCAGGUUCCUAGAAUGUCUGGUCUCUGCUGUACUCUUACACACCCAUUGCAGAACUAAACUCUUCACAAUACUUUUAUAGGCCCACACUAAUCACUACUGGAAUAUUGGUUGUAGCCGCUUCUCCUACAUCCAGUACAUUAACCAAUAAUAAUAGUCACAGGAUUUGUAAAGCAAAUUUCCCCAUGUGGAUACUAGUUCUAUGUGCUGUACACAAAAGAUGACAAAUGCAGAGUGCAAGCAAAGACUACCAACAAAUCAAACAUGAAUAUUUUAAUUUUUAAAUUAGCCAUGCAUGAGAUAAAAGGACAAAAACUGACUCUAGGAUUAAAUAAUCAAAACUGCAGGUUUGUAUUUGAAGAAAAUAAAGAUUUUCAGUCCAUGAAUCUUACGCUCCUCGAGGAGUAACAAGGAAUAAAGUAAACUUCAGUCUAUGUUUCCUUUAUUUAUUAUCAUUUAGAGAUACUUUACUUUAAUCCUUUUUGCAUAAACAGGAAGAUAUUUCAGAAGCAAAUUUGAGACUGGUUGUUAAAUUAGCUAAAUUACAGAGCGUAGAUAGGGGUAAGUACUUGAUUUGUGAGCUUAAUUCAUUGUGACGAAAAUUUCUUGCUCGUCUGUAUUAUAUGUGUGUGUAUGUGUUUUGUUGUUUGUUUUUUUUUUUACUAAACAUGUUAAAACAAAAUGUGUUUAGAGAUACCGAAGAAAUUGCAUGAACUGGAAUUUAAAAAAUGCAGGCAGUGACAGCAUGUCAUACUUGAAGGUAAAAGAUUGUCAGUCAUGGAUUUAUUAGAAAAAGAAAGUUAAGCAUUAGAUGCGCAUUUAUGUGUAUUGCAUUUUUUAUUAACAUUAAAUUGUUAAGCAUUUGA